AUUUAGGGGCGGCAUUGUACCCGAAAAGUAUUUUUUCUGAUAGCACCUGAACACAACACAAGAUGAGCAGGGUUUCUUGUGUCAUGACGCGCAGUCCUUGGAGGCGUGAGUCUGAGGAAAUCAGCUGGGGAAACAACAACAGAAAAGGAGGUGACUCAGACCAGACAUAUAUUUAGCCCGGUCAUGUUUACAUUUUUUUUGUAAAAAGUGCUCCGAUUAUAAAUAACAACAGCAUCUUAUCAGGUCUGCAGCAGCGAGUGUGUGCUUGCUGAGGUCUGAGAGACGCUGGAUUACAGAGGCAGCGAGGGGAAGUGAAAGGUAGAGGAUGUGACAGGGCAGAGGUCCUGCAUUUAUAUGAGCUCUUUGACAAACAGCUGGACCCCUGCGACCACCUCUGCAUUAUCUCCACGCGUAUUUGUCCGGUUUCACAGACCGGCUAAUCCCCCAGCAGAGUGGCAUGUGGGUCAACUCCGGAACCGUCGGAAGGGCCCUCUCCAUGGAUAUAGACACAGACUAUGAGCGGCCCAAUGUGGAAACCAUAAAAUGUGUGGUGGUAGGGGAUAAUGCAGUAGGCAAGACCAGGCUAAUCUGUGCCCGGGCCUGCAAUGCCACCCUCACACAGUAUCAGCUGCUUGCCACCCACGUGCCAACCGUCUGGGCCAUCGACCAGUACCGUGUAUGCCAGGAGGUGUUGGAGAGAUCUCGUGAUGUAGUGGAUGAAGUCAGUGUGUCCCUGAGGCUGUGGGACACAUUUGGGGAUCAUCACAAAGACAGAAGAUUUGCCUAUGGCAGGUCUGAUGUUGUUGUGCUUUGCUUCUCUCUGGCAAAUCCCAAUUCCCUGCGCCAUGUACGCACCAUGUGGUUCCCGGAGAUUAAGCACUUUUGUCCCCGGACACCCAUCAUUCUGGUUGGCUGCCAGCUGGAUCUGCGCUAUGCCGACCUGGAUGCAGUUAACCGUGCACGACGACCACUAGCCAAACCGAUCAAACCUACUGAUAUCCUUCCCCCGGAGAGAGGCCAUGAAGUGGCAAAGGAACUUGGGAUUCCUUACUUUGAGACCAGCAUUGUUGCCCAGUUUGGAGUCAAAGAUGUUUUUGACAAUGCCAUCCGAGCCGCCCUCAUCUCCCGUCGUCACCUGCAGUUCUGGAAGUCCCACCUGAAAAGGGUCCAGAGGCCUCUCCUCCAGGCCCCCUUCCUGCCUCCCCGCCCACCUCGCCCCAUCGUGGGCAUCCCAGACCCCCCUCCCACAGAUGGCGAAGGCCCAGAUUCCCUUUUCUGCCAGCCACUGUGUACAGAUGUUCUUUUUCUUCUGCAUGGUGGUGCCACUCGCGUAUUUGCACACAAAGUAUAUCUGGCUACUUCCUGCUCAAAGUUUAAUGACCUCUUUACUCUUGAUCUUGGUGGAUCCUGCAUGGUGUCACAGGGGGAGGAGCAGGAGAGGAAGGACAACUUGGAGAGUGGGGAGGAAGAUGAACAGAGCAGGAGAGGAGCCAAGGAGCAAGCUGGGCGCACCAAGAGCCUGGACAUUGAUAAAGAUGGGGCUGAUGGAGGGGUUCACGGCCUGAAUCGCCCCCAGCUGCUGCAGCAGGGCUCUCUGAGGACUUCACAGAGUGAUAAUGCACUCCCCUCUCGAGCCCACUACUCCCUGGGAGCACUAGGGACUGGCCGUGCACUUUCAGGAUGGGGAAGGGGGUUCCUGAGUGUGUGUCUGGAGCAUGUUGAUGAUCCCAUGACUGGACAACCACGACUCAUGACUGUGGUAGCCAUGGAUGCACUUAUACAGGAAGAACCAUUCAAGGCAGUGCUUCAGUACCUGUACACAGGCAGUCUGGAUGAGGGCAGGGGGGAUCUGAUGCAGAUAGCCACCAUCGCAGAGCUACUUGAGGUGUUUGACCUCCGGAUGAUGGUUGCCAAUGUUCUCAACAGAGAGAGCUUCAUGAACCAGGAGAUCACCAAGGCGUUCCACGUCCGCAGAGCCAACCGUAUCAAGGAGUGUCUCAAUAAAGGGACCUUUGCUGAUGUGGUGUUCCGCCUGGAUGAUGGCUGCCUCCCGGCUCACAAGCCCCUGCUCAUCUCCAGCUGCAACUGGAUGGCUGCCAUGUUCCGUGGCUCUUUCAUGGAAAGCUACAUUGAGGAGGUCUCCAUCCCUAACACCAGCGAAGCCUGUAUGCGCGGGGUGUUGGAGUUCCUGUACUGCAGUCUGCUGACACCUUCUCCUGGGCUGGAGCCCAUGGAGCUCAUUAUUCUCGCCAACCGUCUGUGUUUGCCCCGCCUUGUCGCCCUCACAGAACAGCACGCUGUGGAUGAGCUUCUCCAGUUGUCAGCGAAGGGAGGUGACAUCGAUGGACAAGUGUUGGCUUACCUCGAGCUUGCACAGUUCCACAAUGCCAAGCAACUAUCAGCUUGGUGUCUCCAUCACAUCUGCACAAAUUACAAUAGCAUCUGCCGCAAGUUCCCCAAAGAAAUGAAGGUCAUGUCUCCAGAUAACCAGAGGCACUUUGAGAAGCAGCGCUGGCCUCCUGUGUGGUUCCUGAAGGAGGAGGACCGCUAUCUGCGCUCACAGAAAGAGCGCGAGCGUGAGGAGGAGAUCUUACGCAAGCAGCACACCAAACGGGGCUGGUGUUUCUGGAAACAUCCGUCCUCCUCUCCCCACGUCUCCUAAACGGUUUCUCCCAUACUGUUCUUCAUCCUGACCCGGAUCAUCCUAGCCCUGAAUAACUAACCCCCCCUGUAACACAUAUAGAGGAUGUGGCUUUGAGUCCUCCAGCAGUGGCGAAAUGACUCUCAGUGCUACUACGCCUGAAUGUCAGCAUGUUUGGGGGAAUGUAUGUGCCUCUUUAUAAUUGUGGGUGACUUCAUGAGUGCAUUUUGGUAAGCUUGUGUGAAAAGUUAGGAUUUAACUAAAGGGUAUGUGCGUUGAUGUGUGAGUGUAUGUUUGUGGUUGGAAUGAUCGAGUAAUGCUUCCGAGUUUAUGCUUCCCAAACGCCCUGAUCUAUAAGGGCAGCAGCGUUGCAUUGCAGCCCCUUGUCCCCUUCACAAGAGCUCCGCCCCCCCACCAGCACUCACAGUGUCCCAGCCUUUGAGUGAUUGGACAGGGACCAAGGGCUCUUUAUCUCUCUCAGUCUCCUUCCUUCACAUUGACCUUAAUGACUAUACACAUUAACCACUGCUGCUUCUCUCUGGAAGCUUACCUCUGCCUUCACUUCUACGCAGACUGUUAGCUUGCACAUGCAGACUGGUGCAAAAGAUCCUGCGCUUUAAAACCAGCACUGGAAUCCCAGGAACUGACACUUAACAAUGUAAUUAUUAUACUAUAUUAUUUGAUAUUAUUUGAUCUUUUUAUCUGCACCUUCUUGGACACUUAUCAGGGGAAAUGACACACUACUCCCAGGAAGUGAACCUUGAUUACCAUUGCAACGAUGGGACUGUUCAUCUGGAGCCUUAGUUUGGUAACCCUAAAUCUGUUGGCAAUUCGGGAUGCUCCAGUCAGAAGGCUUGAUCAUAGCUAUUAGCCUCCAGUCUAGUAUUGAAGUGGUCCUUGGUGUUCAUCAUCCACCCCUGCAACUCCCACCGCCUCCUCCUGCACACCACAUGCGCAUAAAUGAGAAACACAAGCUCUCCUUGGUUGGAUUCACCAAUAUGCACUUCAGAGACAUUGAAAGUGACCACUCUAUAGCAAUGAUGGGGGUAAAGAGGGCUCGCCUUACUCGAUGCCUCUGCCAUUGAGGAAUGAUGGAUGCAGUAUUAAACAAAUGUGCGUGUUACGUCCAUUGCACCUCAGCCAGCCUGCCUUUACACCACUACACCACUAGGGGCAGCACUGCUCAGGGCCCCGGCACUAACCUUCACACUAACAGGAGUUUUUGUGCCUGCGCUUGCGUUACUCUAGUUUAAGUUAUUGAGUUUAGUAUAACUUAAAUCCUUGCAGAGUGUUGAGAGAAGGCUAAGGCCCAGUGUUAAUAGUGCAUUUUAAAAACUGAGUUAAUGUGACUAUUCAUUUUCACGUAAUUCUGAAAACCAAAGCUGUGAUUGUUUUGAUCGUUUUCUUUCUCACUUCCCUCUUUUCUGAUUCCCUGCUUCCUAUAGGGAUGGAGGAGAAAAGAGUAAGUGGCUUGUGGGGGAUGGAGGCCGUAUGGUAUUUUAAUCCCUUCUCGUGGUGUUUUCAGCCUGUGGUGUCAGGAGAAAUUUAUAACUGCUGGACAUUGCCUUCCAUUUGUUUUGCUGGAAUUGAAAAUGGUGCUUAAGACACAAUAAGACAGUAUGCACAUGAACAAACACACAAACAUUGGAUUUUAUGUUCACAGUUUAGCAUGUAUCUAGUUGUUUAGUGUUGGCCUGCGAUUAACGGGCAACAUAUUAAUGAUGGUAUUCAACUUUGUCAUUGUUUGACCUUACAUUUUCUUCUCCAAAUGCUAGUCUCUAAGAGGUCUUAAUAGGUUGUUCAUUUUAGAAUGUGUAGAUUUCUCAUUUUACAUACAGUGGUAACAACUUUAAAGGGUUUGAAAUCCUACUGAAUUCAAAAACAUUGGUGUGUUCGGUUAUGCUUCAUUGUUAACCAGGAAAAUAAUAUGACCUUAGAUUGAAUUUGAAAUUGUGAGUUCCUCUCAAAGGAUUUGAUAUAUUUCUGCAGAUGAAAGCAAAUGAUUUUCUCGUUAAGGGUGCUAAUUUCUUUGGGAUUCAUCACUGAAUGUGAAAAUGAGACUUUGCUGCGGCAAGUUUUUGCCAUUAGCAUGUUGUUCUAUUUGUGGGUUUGCACCCCUCAGCUUUAACCAGGCAACGGUAGGAGAUAGAGAGAUGGUGUUAGACAUGUGGUGCAUUCUGACGAUCACCAUGGGAGGUAUGUUAAAGUCAUUGUCGGCUACAGAAAUAGAAGUCAGACAGGAUCCCACGAGACCCAAGUGAGAUUGAGCUGAUUCCUUUCAGAAAAGAGUGAAAGUGGUGGAACAAUUUAACAAGUCUCAGCCAGCAUUACAUGCAACCUACAUAAUUUGGAUGUACUACCGUUUCAAAUUCAUCCCAUUGCAUUGCUUUGGGAAUUAAGAAAUAAAAUAAAGGCUUGGACAGUUUCUGAUUGACUUCCAUGGGCACCUUUUAGUUUCUAAUAGAAGGGGUGGCUAUUAGCUUUGGCUUAUUGAUGGUUGGAAUGACCCAUUAAGACUCUUCUUGUGGUCUGUGUGCCUUAUAGUUGGACAAAACAAAAAAUUAGAUUGGGAUUUUAGCGAGAUCUUAGUUUAAACACGCAGACAGGUGCUGCAGUGUUUGACAUGAUGGAUACAGUGUACAAUGUUCAUGAUAGUUUAAGAGCUGUAAAAUGGAUGACCGUGUUGCUAUAUACACUCUUAGCCAUUAUAGUUCCUGAGGGGAUUUUUGAGCCAACUGGCGCCAUGCCUGUGGACAAUAUGCAGGCCUGCUGCUGGUUUAUAUGCAGACAAAUGGCCUUAAAUGAAACUCUUUGUAGAGUGUAGUACAGUAGGUUCGACUAAUCAUAUAGCCUUGAAUAAGCAUGUUUUCCAGAUUGGUAAUAAAGUGGAUGAACAAUGACACCAUGGUUGGACAUUUCCACUGUUGAUUGAGAGGUAGUGAUACAAUUGGACUUACAGGUUGAUUCCUAUACUGUAACUUCAAAACCACUGACUUUGAGAAAACAAAGCUUUUUAAUGAGCACUGGCUGGCCUGUGUGCUGGAAAAGUGCUACUACUUUAACAUUGUGGUUGAUUUGCAUGGUGGCCUAACUUUGUCAUUAUAAUGACACUUGGUGUUGGAAUGCACUUUCUUCUUUUUUUGUAUAUGACUAUACCUUUCUGUGCUUAGCAUGAAUUGUUCCUUAUGUAAGAUUGUUUUUGAAACCUGAUGAUUGUAGCAUGAUAUUUCCACUUAAGUCUUUCAGAAUUUCCUAAAAUUUGCUCAGUGAUGAGCUGAAAAACACGACAAUGUCCAGCUUCUUUACUUAGUUGGUAACAAACCCCACAGUAGCUGUGGCUUUAUGCACAACUCAGUGUUAAGAAAUAAACUCAGCACAGCUCAAGGUAGCAUCACUAAUUAUAAAACAUGCUGGGACAUUUGGUUGAAAAAAAGGCAAUGCAGAGGAUCUGUUGCUGCUGUGCAGCUGUCCCCAUUAUGCUGUUUACUGUAUUUACUGCAAUCAAUUAAGCCUGUUCUUGUGAUUUGUAAGAUACUGGGUACAGGGCCAAACCUGAAAACCAUCAUAGCAACAUUUACAUUUAAAUCAUGCUCUGUUAUGCAAAUAUUUUUAAGAAUUUCCCAAUUGGCUAAAGGCCAAGUGUAAUGUCUGGGUUUAGCCUGUAUGUAUUUAUAUAUACAGUCUAUGGUAAUGACAGAUGAAUGGGGUAAAACAUGAUGUAUGUUUCUGUUGUUAGACAGAUGCAUGAGUAUAUACAGCAGCGUUUCUUAACCUUUGGGUCAGGAUCCUAUUUCAGGUCACUUGGUAUGCAUUUGGUGUAGUGGGAUAUUUCUUAAACUAAAAAAUGAUAUUAUUUAAUAAAUGAUCAUAAUCAGUAUAAUAUUUAUUUUUAGAGAUGUUAACCUCCAGUUCAUGACAUCUUAAGAAUUCUCUAAUAAAUAUUAUACAUUCAAAAUGUUGGGAUAAAGAGACGGGGUCAUGGGCCACAAAAGGUUAAGAAACCCUGAUAUACAGAGAGGGAGAAACGGAGAUUCUACAUUUGAACUUUUAAACCUUGUUGGCUUUAUUCAGCCCUCAGUUUAUGCUCCACACUGACCCCUACGGGCCAAAGCCACACUGAGAGUGGGAGAUACGGUUUUGGUAUUCAUCCUGAUUGUCUUGUUCUAUCCUAUCACAUCCUUUUUACUGUCACAUUCGCUUUUCUUCCUUCUCCGCAGGUCUGGCCUUCCUUUUUAAAUGUCAGACCUAGUGAUUGAGAGAACACCUUGUUUUUAGUCUUUGGUGUGUCCUUUCCUGUGCCUUCAGUGAAAUCUCACUCUUGGCUCUGUACAGGCUGGCGGCGCUGCACCUGCAGCCUCUUGGGCUCAAUAUAAAGUUGAUCAAGCCAAGAAAUACCCACCUAAGCACAGAAAUAAAAGUAGGCAGCUUUCUUUAAUGUACAUUAUCUUAGCACUGGCUAUUUGGGUCUUAGUGAAAACUUCCAAUUAUGACACAGAAAUGGAGCUUUACAGCAUGGUAUUUCAUCUAUGCUAAAGCUGCACAACUUAAAUCAUGAAAUGACCAAGAAACCCAGCAAACCAGCAGUUUUAAAAUAAUGUUUUGCACUCUUUCAGGUGCCUGCACUUUCUAUUAUGUAGCUUAAUACAUCAUUUUUGAUAAGUAUGUUAAGUCUUUAUAUUUACCAGUUUUCUUCAUCCAAGUAAAAUAUAUUAUUUAUUUUCCACUUUUGUGUGAUAUAUUUCUCUCCAAGCCAAAUGUAAUAGUUUACCUUAAUGCUUCCACUAUUUAGCAGCAAUGUAUUAAGUUGCAAUCCGGCAUAAAAUCAGAUGGGGAUCAUAUUUGGACUACUGGUUGGAUAAAAGGCAGAUAUUAGCUGUGAGUGACAACUAAAUAUAUUAUGCUUUAAUUAUGAUAGUUGUUAUCCAAAGUACAGUAAACUGUUGUCAUUUUGAGUCACAGCUGGAUUUAUCCGUUCACUUUAUAACUGUCACCACACUGUAUUAAUAUACUAAGCUGUAUGCUGUAUAGGAUUGUAAGCACAGAAAGGAGAGAGAGUGUUUGUAUAGACACACGACAUGUGAUUAAUCCUAGGUCUAUAUACUGUCAUUCUUAAGUGGAACGUGUAAACUGUAUGUAUUGUUACAAACUUUAGUUUCCAUUGACUCAUACAUUGAGUUGUAUUAACAUUUACUGCUUAUAUAAUUGUGUGUAUUACAACAACAGGCAAAAGAAAGAACAUACCACACUCACAAAACUAUUAAGGGCUUUCAAGAAAACAUACAACAAUCAGAAUGUUUUGCUGCUGUUGCAAAAAUGUUUUGGAAUUUAAAAUUUGUAAUAUUUUUCAACCACUGUGAUUUGUACAAUAUUUAAAAAAAAAAAAAAAA